AUGGAGAGCAAAGAAGUGAAGGUGUUAGACACUGAGAUAAACAAUACUAUCCGUCAGUUAUUAAAAGAGAACAAGAUAGAAGAAACAGUCACAUAUGUAUAUACCAAAUUGGUACAAUCGACCGACCAUCCAUUGAAACAUAAUAUCAACCAAACAUACUCCACUUUUGAAAACAAUUUUAAAACGACUAAUCCAAAACAUUUUGAUAACCAAACGUUGAAACAAACUAUUAUAGAUGUCGUCACUUUAAUUACUGCCGAAAUCCUUUUCACCCUCUCAAAGUACUACAAACAAAUAAAAAAAUUUCGUUUACAAAUGUUACAACCGCUCUCUACUAUCGUCUUGGAAAAAGUAUUCCCGUCCGCUUUCCAAUUCAUCGCAACAAAAACUAAAGACUUGGACUUCAGAUUCCAACUCCAAGCAAAAAAGUACUUGUCCAGUGAUCUCAGACUUGUUCUCAAAAUUAAACCCGCUAUCUUCCCAAUGGAAUAUCCAAGCUCAGAAGAGUCAUUCAUGAAAACUAUCGACUCUAUAAAUUCCAUCGAAGAAAGUGAAACCGUUGAUGUCAUGCGAGAAAAAUUGGUCUCUUCACAAACUGUUUUAAUCGAUGAAGUUAAGAUGAUGCAUAGUGGUGAAUUGCCAAAGGCUUUUGAUAGUGAUGACUUAUUGGGGCUGUUUUCUUUUUCGAUCUUACACUCACACGUCAAAUAUCCCUUUGCUAUUUCGUUAAUGUUAGAACUUUUUCUGAAUGAAGAAGAUUUUUUAACACAAGCGGGAUAUGCCCUUACGACUUAUUCUAUUGCUAUUCAAUCUAUUAUUAAAAUGACUGAAGACGAAUGCCUCAAAAAGAGUGAAGUACUCUCCCUCGACCCUAUUGUCGCAUUAUCAAAACCGACACAACGAAAACAAACCAUUUUAAUGCAAUCGGACUUCCACCAACCCCUCAUCGCACAAACACAGAAAAAGAUGAUCAUCCCACCAAAAGGAAAAUUCGUCAUUGGGAUUAGAAAAACGAUGACCCCCGCUACUAAGAAGUUCCAAAAUAGUGUCGACUCCCUCCAAGACUCUCCUAUCCGACAACAUAACUUUAGAAUUUCUUUGGAAGACGCUACAGACAAUGUCUUGUCGAACCCGGAACUCAGUGACGGGUCUUCGGGAUCGACGUUGUCACCUUCACCAAAACUUGACAAGACGUCUUUGAAAAUAUCACAAGAAUUUGAUGAAGAGCAGAUUCCAAGUCAAAUAACUCAACCAGAAUUGAUGCCAUUUGAGAAACAGGCUGAAACAAGUGAUAUAAAGGAUGAUGGUGGUAUUACAAACGGGUUAGAAA